CGGGGAGGUAACAUGGGAGGCUGGUCGCACAACAAUGGAAAGACAUGAACCUGACCUUAAACUGGCCCGUCGGCUGUGCCCCCUAUUUUCAACCCUUCAGCAAACCCACUGCUUUUGUUAUGAAGGUGUGUGGCAUCGCUUCUGGACUACGCGCGGGUCGGUUCCCUCAUCCACAUCUUUGAAGAUGGCCACUACACCACAAACAACCCCCCCCUUUGCCACGAAUGUCACCACCACCUUCACUUUUGCUCCAGCAACUACUGCGGAAGUCUUGAUAGCUCCCUUUACCGCCUGGGUCACAUCACCUUACUACGCCGUCACGACAGCGAGCGUGACAGCAUAUAGAUCGGGGGGCAACCCAUACCCUUUCCAGGCAACCGUAACAAUCAUUGUGCCUCAGCCAUCUGCCAACUCCUCACCUGCAGCAUUGCCUACCACGACGAGCAUUAGUGACAUUCAUAGCACGGCUUUACAUUCGAAUUCUGGCCAGGGUCUCUCCCAGCCUGAGGUCACCGAAGAAUACACAUCGACUUCAAGUUCGGCGACAACAUCAGUGCCUGUGGGUGCUGCCACUGGACAUGCCUCGGAAUCGUCCUCAACGCCUUCGACAGGCGCAAUCGCAGGCAUCGCCGUUGGCUGCAUAGUCGCUGGCCUGAUCAUUGGCCUGUUCGGGGCGUGCUUGUUGUUGAAGCGCAAAUACAAGAGACCCGCGGUGGUAGACGCUGUGGUGCCUCGUGCCGAGCCGAAGCCCUACAUGGAUAGCGGUGGCACAGGCGAUAGCAUCCAGCUCGGCCAGUUCCUCCUCGAGGCGACGCCAGACAAGGAUAUCGCGCGCGAGGUGCAAUCCCUCGGAGAACUUAUCCGCCAGCAUGUUGAGAACAACUAUCACACGAAACCAGUGGCUGUCGACAUGGACACGCUGGAGCAGUCGCUCUUGAAGCUCGGAUUCACCGAUGAGAUCGUCCCGCCAAAGCGGGUCGUCAUGGGUAUAUGCCUCAAUCCGCAGACACGCUAUAUAGGGUUGCAGCAUGUCAUCUUGCGCGUCGUCUUCGCUUGCAUCACUAUCGACCCUCAUGGCCGGUGCUCGCUACUUCCUCCCCCAGUGGCCGCGUUCCUCGGGUCGAUUCCUACCCUCGACUCACAGCAACAAGCAGGCGAGCGGUCGCUUACGAGCUGGGCAGCCGGCAAGACCGACCAAGACGCGCAAGCUCUCCUCCUGGCCCUUUCCAAGUGGCGUGUCCUCUCGGCGUUCUUGCUGCAUCCCAAUCGCAGCAUGCGUACGCCGCUAUCGACUGACUGCGGAACCAUGUAUCCGCAGGCGCAGGCGCACUCUCUCGUGAGUUCCCUCAACGCCUUUCUGAGCAACUUUGUCAAAAAAGACUCGGGAGCUUGGCUGGCACAGAUGAGCCACCUCGAGGCGGUGAUCAUGGAGUGCACCAAGCUGGGAUACGUGCUGUUUUCACACCCAAGUGAGUGGAGGGUUGUCACCGAGGAAGAUCGAGCAAAAGCGAGAGGAGAGAAACGCGUCGCCUUGGUUGUUGAAGCUGGAUUGGAGAAGCUCAGCGACCGGGACGGAAAGCCAUACUCAUCGCCAAAGAGAGUAGUAGAUCCUGUUGUGGUUUUGUGUUGAUCUGACGGGCCCCGGGAUUAAUAUGCAUGUGGUGGCAACGUCGUUUGUUGAGCUCGAAAACGGUUUUGGCACAAGAUACUCCAUUAAGAGCUAUACUUGUACUUGGGGAGAAAUAGCUGCAGCUGCGUGACUUGCUUUCCUUCUGUAGGGUCCUAGAACUUGUAUACAGCUCCCGCUUAGCGAGCUUUUGGGUUUGAUCACAUGGAGUGUCUAAUUUUAAUGGACAGUUUGGCCUUUGA